CUGAGGAGUGGCUCGGAGAAGGAUAUGUGAUGAGCAGCGCCGAAGCAAUAGGCACUUCUGACGGAACUUUUCAUUAUUAUUUCGUUUAGGGGUGGCACUAGACGGAGCAAGAUUUGAUGCGCUCCUGAUCCCGGGCCAUUCGCAGCACUUCCAUUCUUUGGUCAGCUGAUGAAAGUUUUUUUGUGUGUGUUUUUCAGUUUUCUGUUAUAGCGCUUUCUAAAGACUAGUGUUUUGAAAAUGAUGAAUGAACUGAAAGAAACUUCUCCUAAGUUUUGAACGUAAAAAUUCCGUACGUACUUUAUGCAAGUUCUGGUUUCUUGUCAUUUGCAUUGGAAACUAUAGAAAAUGAACAUUGGUAGCUCUGAAAAAAAUUAACUUUCUGAAUUUGCAUAGAAAUCUUUGAACAAAAAAAAAAAAUAUCAAGGAUGAAGUCUGCAUUUUGUGAAAUAUUACUUCUCAUUUAGUUUGAUCGCUCCAUUAUGUACAAAUUGCGUUUACAGCUGAAACAACUGUAAACAACAUUCGAGGAAGGAUAACUGAUUGAUCGCUGAACUUGAAUUCACUUUUUAAUUUGCUUGCACAAAAUAUACUGUAUCCUGUAAGUUGGAGAAGUAUCUAACAUCUAUACAAAAUGUCCAAACCUGGUGUUAGCUGCAAAAAGAUACCUAGUAACAAGAUUAAUCUGCGCCUGAUAUUGGUGAGUGGGAAAACAAGAGAAUAUCUCUUUAGCCCAAAUGACUCUGCCUCCGAUAUUGCCCAAUACGUCUUCGACAAUUGGGUUGAAGCUGAAUGGGCUGAAGAAUCUGUUGCCAAAGCAGAAAUUUUGCGUUUGAUAUACCAGGGGAGGUUUUUACAUGGUAAUGUAACUUUAGGAGCUUUGCAGUUGCCUCUGGGCAGAACUACAGUUAUGCAUUUAGUCCCAAGAGAAAAUCUACCCGAGCCUAACUCACAAGAUCAGAGGCAGAAGUCCAAAGAUCGGUCAAGUAACUGUUGCUCUGCAAGUUGCUCUAUUCUAUAAUUCAUGUGACUGCCGUUCAGAUGAGAUGAGAUGAGAUGAUCUGGAGAAUGAAUGACUCAUGAAGAAAUGAUAUCCUAAUUUGACCCUACCUAGCUGAAAAUUUAGAACUUCUUUCAUUCCACAUGAAAAACAAUUAAAACUCUGCCGUUACAGUUUUGAACUUGUUAUUGAGUCAACAAUAUUGUAGGCUUAUUGGAUAUGUCCGUCACACUGUUGCAGCUGAAUUAUUGAAGUCAUCACAUAUAUCUGGAAAAAAAAGUCGAGUAAUUUUUAUUUUAGUGCACUAGAAUUUGUAAUUAAUAUGCGAAUGCCGAUUCUGGUGUGUAAUAUUUUCAGUUCGACAUAUCAUUUUAUUUUUAUAGUUCCAAGUAGAAUGGUAUUUAGAGGUAAUAUCGUGAAAAUCAUUGUUAGUUAAAUCUGAAAAAAAAAAAGUUCCAGUGAAAGUAUUUCUAAAAAUGUUUGAUUCUUAAAAAUAUGCGAAUGGACUCCUAUUUAAGUCACAAAGGACUCGGAAGAAAGUUGAUUGCAUUCUAAUGUGAUUGUGACCAGCUGUUCAGAUAUUACUGGUGAAACUGUAUCAUCUAACAAACUUAUUAACAUUGAUAAAAAAAAAUAACGCAUUCCCUUAGAUUUUUUUUUUUCUUCAUGUGUCUAGCAAAAGUUGUUCUCAUCGCCAUUAUUACUGGUUAUAAGAAUUAGUUCAGCGAGACGCAGAUGCAUAAAAAAUUAAAUAAAUAAUCCUCUUCAGACGCCUAUAUCAACAACUUUUGUUUUCUGAAAGACUGAUUUGUUUAUGGUGGAAAAAAAAAACACUGGAUCCAUACAGCUGCUUAUCCGUGACUUAAUUGAUAAUAUUUCCAUCCCAUUAUAUAUCAUAGAUAUUUUUGUGUUCUAAAUUGUUUUACUGCUUGACUGCUGGCAACCGAGCCUUUGAUUUAUGUUCCUGGAACAAACAUUUACGUUUUUCAAGCUCAGCGUUAAAUAUAACAUUCAUCUUUUGUAUUCAUGCAUUUGAAAGAAAUGGUAGUUGCUAAAGAAUGGAAGAAUUGUUAACAGCAAAAGACUUGCUAAAAGCUUCAUUAUAUAUACUGCAGUACUUGUACAAAAGGACGAGCUAUCUCUGUAGUAUAUUGCUAAGGUAUUAAAAUAAAUGGAAUCUCAUUUUCACUUAGAUUACAUUUUAAAAGAUAUAGAUGUAUUAGUAUUGCAUUUGAAAGCCGAUUCAUUUGAAAGAUCUUGCUAUUUGUCCAGUCUACAGUAGUGGCUUAUUGUUGCUGUAUGUUAAGUAGAUCAUAGUUUCUCUAAUUUAUUAAACUUCCUUGUGUAAUAAUUGUUUAGAAACGGAAAACAAAUAUGCUAGAGCCUAUUUUGCAGUAUCAAAUAUUUGAAGUCUGUUAACACGGCGCGCAAACUAAUAUCAAUUUUUGAAACCAUAAAAAAAAAAAAAAAAAUGUUUUUUUGUUCCACUCGCUGUUACUGUGUACCAUAUAAUAAUUUUAAGAGAAUAAAUGUUUCUUAUUCUGCUUUUUGUAAGCUGCAAGAGUAUCGAAUCAGCUUUUAAGCAGAGUAGAUUUCUUUACGCUUUGCAUGAAUGUAUGAAAUAUAAUAUUGACUAUGUUUCGUUUAGCUUUACAGAUAUAUUUAAGAAAAAUACCUCAAUAAUUUGUUUAAUUAUAAUUUACUUGAAGCAUAUGCAUAUAAUUAGAACAUUCUUUAAAGUUUCUUUAUUCAGUUAUAUUACCUUUAAGUUUUUUUAUGGAUACUAUUAAAACAGGGUGUGUUAAGUUCGAAGUCACAUUUCCGGAAGGUGUUGGCAAAAAAACUGACAAAGCGCUCUGCCAUCACACUUAAAGAAAUAAAAUAAUUUGAAGUAUUUCAUUCAAUAUAUUUGAUAAAUUUUUUUGUUUUUUUUAUAAUUAUUUUUACUUCUAAUUUUUUUUCCAGCUUAAAAAUACACUUCAAUUCACGAGAGAAAAAAAAAUUAUUUUUCAACCGGAAAAAAUGUAACAAAUAGAAUGAUAUUUAAGAAAGCCUAUGCUAAAAAUAAGAGAGAUAUUAUAUAACUAAAAAUUAAAUUAGGAACUUCAGAUAUAAUUUAAUAAAUACUAGGCCUCAAUCCGAUAUCAUAUAUGGAAGAUCUCUAAUACUUGUUGAUGCAUUGACAAUAUGGAGAUUAUUUUAAUUUGUUGACAACAUUUUACUGAUAGAAAAAAAAAUGUGCUGUAAAAAAUGUUCUGCUAUAUUUUUUUUCAUUAAAAACAAAAUUUAUAUCAUUUUUCAAAUGCCAUUGAUAAUCAUCACUCUCCAUUUUGUCUAUGUGAAAAUGUAGUUUAUUGCUGUUAAGUAAAUAAAGAAAAAUCAUGGUAUCUUAUAAUGCUCAUAUGCACUCAUUAAUUCGUCCAUCUCAAAUAUUACUGAUCUUGUUAGUUAAUGAAAUACUAUUUAACGUUAGAAUGUACAAAAAUUUCACAAAAACUAUUAAAGUAGCUUAAAAGCCUGAAUUCAGAAUUUUAAAUUAUUCUUUAUUGUUCUCGGUUAUACCAUGCAGAAGUCUGUAUUCGAUAAGAAUUUGAAUCGACACACCGAAUUAAAGAAUGUAAUAAAAUUCUAAGAAUAAAAGAUCAUAUUGCCCAGAUAUAAUUCAGAAUUAUAUCCUAAAUUUGGAUGGGUAAAUGCUGUCGCUAUUUUGUAAAUUAUCAGUCUUCCUUGUUUUCUUAAGUGUGCUUUAAUAAAUCUCUAGAAAAAAAAAACUUAUGUGCUGGAGUAAAAUAAGAAAAUCAACAUUUCAUUCUGAUAAUGUAGCGCAGUAUUGCUUCUUUAGUAUUUUUCAUUUUAAGUAAUUAUUUUAUAAGAUAUACAAGUAAUAUAUUUGCAGUUAUCUUGUGGCAUGUUUUUAGCGCUUUCGUGAUGGCAAACGAUUUGCAAUUUUUAUUAUCGGUUGAGAUAAUUAUCUAAUAAAUUUGUGAGAGAUUUUAUUGUUUUCAAGAGAAUAUUGUGUUUCUAGUCUUGUGUGAUAAAAAAAAAAUAUUUUUUAAAAUGUAAAUUUCCUAUUUUGUAAUGCAUUAUUUGUAUUAGAUGUUUUGUAUUUUUAUUUUUAAAUCAAUAUUUAUAAGUUUGAAAGGAAUUUGCUUUCUUUUGUCGAUGAAACAGAUUGUUUCUAAUUGAUUUUAUGCUACAAAACUUGUGAAAAUUUCACAAAAUUAUGGAGUUUCUAAAAUUAUCUAUGUUGCUAUCUAAAAGCGUCAAUAAAGUACUGUUAUGUACCUUU